AUGGAUGGUCUUGGCAUUCGUUCAAUUAUUAAUAAAUGGCGUGAAUCAUAUAAACUUGUGCCUGAAAUACAUAAACAAGACCUUUUGUACUUUAGUAUCAUUGACACAAUUAAAGCAUCAACUACUUACUCCAAAACAUUAUUCAAAAAUAUCUGGUCUGAUUUAAUUGUUGAGUUGGAAAAGGCUUUAAUGGAACCAGCAGUAAACGAACGAACACUCAUAGGGGACUAUGUAAGUUCAUUAUUGGAAGAGAUUAUUACAUUGAAUAGGCUUUGUGAUGCUAUCAAACUUGAAAAAAAGAAGAUAUGUGAAUCUUCAGAGAACAAAUGGAAGAAGAAGACAUUGAAGGGAGAAGCACAAUUAAAGGCCUCAUUGAUUUUAAAAAAUGAAUUAUUGGUUGAAGAUAAUCAUUGGAACCCUGGGAAUAAAAUUGAUGCCAUAGUUGAUACACUGGUAGUUCCAUUAGAAAUCUCAAUCAUUGAGGUAUCGGGAUCUCCUUUGGAUCCAGAUCACACUCACUAUGUUGGAGAUCGAAAAAAAAUAGCAAAAAUGUUAAAAAUAAUGUUGAAUUAUAUAAUCAAGAGGUACCCUGGUGAUCUUGACAAACUAAGAGGGAUAAAGUUAUAUGGAACACAAAUAUAUAGUAAGAUUUGCAACUUGUAA